ACCAAACGCGCCCUUAGUAGUUUUGACCGCUCUAUCCGUUACAGAUAAUACGGCAGCUGCUUCGUUCUCCUUCUCCUUCACUUCAUCUGCUUCUUUCACUCGGAGGACGGAGAGAGGAGAGAAUCAAUGGAGGGGAUAAUGCAGCUGCCGUACGACGUGACGGUGAAGAUGAUGAUGGCCUCGCUGGAGCGGAACCUUCUGCCCGACGCCGUCAUCCGGCGGCUCACGCGGCUGCUCUUGGCCGCUCGCCUCCGCUCAUGCUACCGCCCUUCCUCCGACCUCCAGCUCUCCGACCUCCUCCACUUCGUUCACUCCCUUAGAGAAAUGCCUAUAGCUAUCCAGACUGAUAAGGCGAAAGAACAACAUUAUGAACUACCGACCUCCUUCUUCAAGCUUGUGCUCGGGAAGCAUCUCAAAUAUAGCUGCUGUUACUUUUCUGAUAAGUCAGUGAGCUUAGAUGAUGCUGAGAAAGCAAUGUUGGAGCUGUACUGUGAGAGGGCACAACUGAAGGAUGGCCACACUGUCCUUGAUGUUGGAUGUGGCUGGGGCUCCCUUGUUCUGUAUAUAGCGCAAAAUUAUAGCAACUGCAAGAUUACGGGCAUCUGCAACUCAACCACCCAAAAAGCCCAUAUAGAGGAGCAAUGCAAGAAUCUUCAGCUGUCUAAUGUAGAGAUCACUGUUGGGGAUAUUAGCACGUUUGAAAUGGACGCCUCCUAUGACCGAAUAUUCUCCAUCGAGAUGUUUGAGCACAUGAAGAACUACAAGGAUCUCCUCAACAAGAUAGCAAAGUGGAUGAAAGAAGAUACCCUUCUUUUCGUGCAUCACUUUUGCCACAAAGCAUUUGCUUACCACUUCGAGGAUAACAAUGAAGAUGAUUGGAUUACUAGAUACUUCUUCACUGGAGGAACAAUGCCUGCCGCAAACCUGCUCCUUUAUUUCCAGGAUGAUGUUUCCAUUGUUGAUCACUGGCUUGUUAAUGGGAAGCAUUAUGCGCAAACAAGCGAAGAAUGGCUGAAGAGAAUGGAUCGGAAUAUGGGUUCUAUUAAGCCCAUCAUGGAGGCAACUUACGGGAAGGAUUCAGCUGUGAAGUGGACCGUCUACUGGAGGACAUUCUUCAUCUCCGUGGCUGAACUCUUUGGCUACAGCAAUGGGGACGAGUGGAUGGUCGCACAUUUCCUAUUCAAAAGGAAGGGAAACCAUUCCUUCCCCUUGCAUUCCAAUGAUCCAUGCGAAUAGUUUCUGGUUUCUCAGAAGGCUAUGCAGUUCAGGUUUCUGUUAUUACUGAAUCCACCGACUAAGAUAAUUCUCUGUUGCUGCAUUAUCAUCUACAAUAAUCAAUCCAGGAAUUGGUCAAAUUUUAGUUAUUUCCGUGCCUUCCUUCAAUUGCAAUGUCUAUUUUUUUCCUCUC